CCUGAGGUAGCGGGGCCUGGGCGGCCGGCGGUCUUCUCGCUCCGCCGCCCAGCGGCCGCGCUCAGGUACCGAGCCCGGGCGGAGCGCGCCGCCGCCCCCUCCCCUCUUGUCCACGCUGCCCAUGCCUCGGCGCACCGGCUCCGAGCUUUGCCCGCGGCACGUGGAGGGCGCGGGCGGUCGUGGGCGCGGGGCCCUGCGCUCCGAGCUGGGCGCGCGGACUACGUCCCCCAGCCCCCGCCGUCUGCGCCGCCCGUCGAGGCGACUUUCCCGCACGAGGCGAGGCCCGCCCUGGUAGCCCCGCGCCGUGGUUCGGUGGCGCGAGAGGCGGGGAGUCGCCGUGGUAAACGGGGCCUUGGGGCGUCCCGAAGGGGACCCAGACGCGGGAGGCCAGACUUCCCCGGCGACCCGAGGAGGGGACUUGCGGCGGAUUCCGAAGCCGCUUUUUCUGCGUAGCCUGGAGGGUGUAAAUGGCCGAGAUUCUCCUGUGUGGAGAAGGCGCCGGUGCCCGCCCGCUGCUGCCCGACUCUAGAGGGGUGUCUUUUUCCGUUAAUCUGAGCGCAGUCGCGGAGCCCCUGUUUCCCACGCAGCCUGUGUUAAGUGGCCUCGUGAGUUUUCGCGCGGCAUCCUUGGUGCCUCUUCUUUGAAGCUAAGCUUCCAUAACUCUAAAGCACUUUUCGUUUUAAACUCAAACCAGACUCACACUUGAUGUUUCUAUGAUCAUCUAUCUCUCAGUACGGAUGGAUGAGUUUGGCUUCAAGAAUGUGCUCGUGGCUGGUGCCAAGGGAGUGAGUUUUCUCUGUUGCUUGUUCAGUCCGUUACAGAUCGAACUCCUUGUUCCACUCUUUCCCCCUUCUCACUACUGCACUUGACUAGUCUUAAAACGAAACAAAAAAGGAAAAGAAUGUGCUUCCGUUUCACAAUAUUUAAGAAAUUUAACCUGAACAUAUUGAUGCUGCUUUAAACACCCUCCUGUCGCCUGAGCUUCUCCCUCAUCAGGGUGGGUGCUAGAAGGGAAGUGCACCCUUGCACCCUGAAGGCACAAAUCCUGAAGAGCCCGUGGGCAUGGACUGCUCAUCUGUAAAGAAAGUGGAGACAUGACCUUGAGAUUUGGCUGACCCAGGAAUGCCGGGGCCUUUGCAAGUCUGAUGUUCCAGGACUCCAGUGCCUGUUGGUGUGGACGGAGGACACGGGGCCCCGACCAUGGUCACACUCAUCACUGAGAAGCUGCAGAGCCAGAGCCUGGACGACCUCACCUGCAAGGCGGAGGCUGGCCCGUUGCAGUAUUCUGCCGAAACCCUGAACAAGAGCGGUCGUCUGUUCCCUUUGGAGCUCAACGACCAGAGUCCCUGGAAGGUCUUCAGUGGAGGACCGCCCGUCAGAAGCCAGGCAGCCACGGGCCCUGAUUUCUCCUUCCUGCCGGGCCUGUCUGCUGCUGCUCACACCAUGGGUCUUCAUUGGCAGCCACAGUCCCCGCGCCCAGGCGCAGGCCUGGGUGCAGCCAGCACCGUGGACCCCAGUGAAAGCACAGGCUCGUCCACGGCCCCACCGACCAAGCGGCAUUGCCGGUCCUUGUCAGAACCCAAGGAGCUUGUGCGCUGCCGGUCCCCUUGGCGCCCCGGCAGCUCCAAGGUCUGGACUCCAGUCUCCAAGAGGCGGUGCGACAGCGGCGGGAGUGCCACGCGGCAGGGAAGCCCCGGCGCCGUCCUGCCGAGGAGUGCUGUGUGGUCGACCGGUCCCACCUCGCCCGCCACGCCCCGGCCGUCCUCCGCCAGUGGCGGCUUCAUGGACAGCAGCGAGGGCAGUGUGGGCUCAGGCCCGCUCUGGUGUUCCGCGGAGUCCUGCUUGCCCUCCACGAGGCGCCGCCUGUCCCUCUCACAGGAGCGACUCGCGGGUGCGGGCACUCCCCUGCCCUCCGCCAGCAGCAGCCCCACGUCCACGCCUGCGCUGGGCCGGCGCCGCGGGCUGCUCCGGUGUCGCUCACAGCCGUGCGUGCUCAGUGGGAAGAGGAGCCGGCGCAAACGGAGGCGUGAGGAGGAUGCCAGGUGGACACGCCCAUCUUUGGACUUCCUGAAAAUGACCCAGACUUUAAAAAAUUCAAAAAGCCUUUGCUCCCUCAAUUACGAAGAUGACGAUGAGGAUGACACCCCAGUGAAGACGGUUCUGUCCUCCCCAUAUGACUCCCGGGGCCUCCCUGGCAUCACCAUGCCUGGCUGCAGCCAGAGGGGCCUCAGGACCAGCCCUGUCCACCCCAACCUGUGGGCCUCUAGGGAGUCGGUGACCGGUGAUGGCUCCCGCAGGAGCAACGGGGACUCCCGUGAUGGGGACAGUGCCGGGGAGGAGGGCGUCUUCCCCCGGGCCCGCGGGGAGCUGGACCUGGAGCAGAUCGAGAACAACUGAGGCUGGUGGGGGCUGGUUGGGGCCAUGGCUGCCGCCUGCACCUGCCCUGGGGCACAGACUAGGUUUCAUGUUGCUUGGAACAUUAAGGCGUAAUUUUGAUUCAGUUUUUCCUAAAGAAGCAUUUUGCAUUUUUAUGGCUUUUGCAGUUCGGGAGAAAGCUUCUCUAUUUUGGAUGCAUUUCAGAAGGGCGUUCUAUUAAACAUGAAUCUGCAAACA